GUGCCGGUUCGCGCGGACGCCUGCACCCCGCCGCGAGAAAGAGACGCGUAUACACACUUACCCGCACUCUGCCACGAUAGAGCGAGACGCAGCACUUCGACGUUUCAACAGAUCCGGAAACGGUCCAGCAUGUGUUACUUCAGCAUAAUAGUGAUCAUAUUCGAUGUUGUGCGUGUGUGAAGUGAGAGUGUGCAAGUGACAGAGUGUCUGAUGAUCCCGCGACUGAUUCGUGGGCGCCAAAAUGAAGACGCAUCGGUUUUGGAAGAUACCCCUAUUUCUGCACAUGAUAGUUAUGUUAGUGGCUGGUAUGUCGGACGUGUGGGUGGACCUGCGGAUGCCCCGGUUCGUCGUGCACCAGCACAACGCCACACUCCACUGCGACCACAACGUGGAUGCAGACUCUAUUUAUAAGGUUGUGUUCUACAAAGAUGCGAAGCACUUCAUGAGGUACAUCAGAAACCGAGACCCGCCGUAUGAGAUAAUCCCUCUACCUGGAGCUGUUAUUGAUAUAACGACCGUAUCCUCUACCACUGUGACAUUAGAAAAAUUAGAUUUCCCGGCCUCAGGAUCAUACGCUUGUGAGAUUGCCUUAGAUUCGCCUUUAUACUCAAAAGUCUCUAGAGUAUACGAACUCAAUAUUAUCGUGCGUCAGAGGUAUCGGCCGAAAAUAAAGAUUAAAAACAAACGUUUUUCUCCGAACGACUUCUUGGACGCAACCUGCCACAGCGCCCCUGCGCACCCCGCCCCGCACCUCACCUGGUUUAUAAAUAAUGUCAAGGUCGACGAGAGGUUGACGAUCCCGCAUGGCACGACGCCAGUGCAUCGGCGCCACCACGGCAUGCAGCUGACCCUCACGUCAUCCUCCCUGCAUUUCCCGCUCUCCGGUCUCGAGCGCACGCCCAACCAGACUGUCGAGAUCACCUGUCUCAGCACCAUCCCUAGCUAUGCGAGCGUCGUCGACGGCUUCGCUGAUAUUCAAAAUCACACAAUUGCUAUGAACGUGUUCCGCAUCGAGCCUGCGCCCACGCAGCUGCCCGUCAUGAUCGUGAGCCCCGAGAACUCCUCGCCCCGCCGCCGCACCGCCCCUCUCCUCCUCGUCUUUAUGCUCUUGGUGUACCUCCUCUAACUAUAACAAUUCAUCGCUGUAGCGUUACAUAAAUAACUGUGGUAGGAAUUGAAUGUAUUGUCGGAGACAAUGUGAUUUUAUUUCGUAUAUUCAUUUAUUUUUUUAUUAUGAAUAUUUCUAUUUUACUCUACCUAAAAUUAAGAGGCAACUAAUUUGAGAUACUAUAUAAUAUUAUGGACGAUUACUCUAAAAUGCAAUUAAAUUAGUAUUGAGAAACAGUGUUGUGAAAUGACUACGUAAUGUAUUUCUAUUUGUAUUGAGCUUAUAAAAAGCAUCAUGUAAAGCAAGCACCGAGAAAAUUAAAUGGUUUAAUUAUUUGAGUUACUCAACCAGAAUCACACUGUUUGCUCGUCACUGCACGGGGCGCUUCAUGACAUCUUUUGUAAAUUUAAAUUUUUCACUUUCUUACGCAAUUAUGAGACUGAAUUAGGACGUUAGGGAUUUUUAAAUGACCUAACCAGCCCUAUCCCCAAAGCUAGAAGACCCUAAAUCCUUACUUACCUUAUAGAAUAGUAUUGUGGCACAAGCCAGUUUUAAUAGAUGUAAUAGGCGAACACAAGUAAACAAACAAAUAUUCAUUUCUUUUUUAUUUUUGCGAAUUCAUGCCAUUACUCAAAACAAAUUUUUUAAACUAAAAAAUAAAAUUAUUAUUACUGAAAGAUUA